AUGAAAGAUGGUCACGCCUCUUCUGAAUAUUAUAGUGCGAUCUUUUUCUCCAACCAAUUUCAAGAGCGAGUCAAGAGUGAAUCCUUUACAAAUAACUUCAAGGAGUAUGUCGGAAUUGAUCAAUAUGACGAUGAGUGUGACUUCGAAGUUGAACUACAAGGAGAGCUUAACCGAGCCCCCAAGCUCCAAUACAACGUGCCUUAUCUUAUCCGCACAGUCAAGCACCAACGCUAUCUGUGUGCAGAUACAUCUGGCAGCUACAAAGAAACAUUCUUCGGUUACAUGUUUUAUGCUCGAAAGAGUCGUGCUAGCAAGUUCAUGUUUAGACAGGCUGGCGCAAGGCAGGUGAAGGGUGACAUUGAUAACGGCAAGGAGGUUGAAUUGACUCUAUGUGAUGAAUCUGGAAGCCCUAUUGCUAUGGUGCAGCGCUAUGAGGGUGAUGGUUCGACCCUGAUGCUGAGCAAGUUUGGAGUGCACGGAGACUUCAGUGUGGAAAACAACGCAUAUAUGACAUAUAUCGAAGAGUAG